AUGAAAUAUUUUGCAGCUAUUACUCUUCAUUUGCAAGCUUCAUCUGUUAUUGUAUUCAAUGGGCUAAACUUCUCUGAAUGGUGUGAGCAAGUCAAGUUCCAUUUAGGUGUCUUGGAACUUUACUUAGCAUUAUUGGAAGACAAACCCACUGCUAUUACAGAUAUAAGCAAUGAACAAGAGAAGUUGUACCAUAAGCAAUGGGAACGGUCAAACAGAUUAAGCCUUAUGUUUAUGCGAAUGACUAUUGCCAAUAAGAUCAAGACAACAAUCUCACAAACUGAAAAUGCAAAAGAAUACCUUAAUUUUGUGAAAGAACGGUUUCGUUCUAUAGAUAAGUCACUCGCUGGUACUGUAAUGGCACAACUCACGACCAUAAAGUAUAAUAGGUUGAAGAGUAUGCAUGAGCACAUUAUAGAGAUGAGUGAUAUUGCAGCAAGGCUAAAGACCUUGGGGAUAGCAGUGGAUGAUUCCUUCUUGGUGCAGUUCAUUCUGAACUCGCUGCCUCCUGAAUAUGGGCCAUUUCAAACCAAUUACAACACUAUUAAGGAUAAGUGA